UGUACUUCUUGUAACAAACACAUACAGACACAAAACAUUUUGGUAGACUAAGAGCGUUUUUACAUUAAAUGUAAUAUUUGUACCGUUUGGACUUCAGAGAAAACGGGGCUCACCAUUAGGAGAUGUUUUUGGCAUGAAAGUUGCAUUUCAGAUGGCGAAGCUGGUAGCGACCUGCAAAGCCAUUCUGACGCGUCUCGUAUUCGGGACGCACGGCUUCAUCGCCAUCUGGCAAGUGACAAACUUCAAGAAGAAUCCUUUCUAUUGGUACUUGUCGGCACCCAUCCUCCUGCUGGUCUUCGAAGGCGUCUUCACUCUAACCAUCAAGGACAGUCAGGAGUGGAAAUGGUUCUGUCCCAGCGUCUUCCUAUAUUUGUCCAGUGUCGUUCCUGCCAUCUGGUUGCUGGAGUUGGACAAGGUCGAUCGAAGACUCCGAGCCCGAGAAGAGGCCAAAAACAUCACCGCCUUCUCGAUCGACGACCUGAGGGGCCUCGACAAGAUCAUGGGGGUCAGUGCAUAUAGUACUGAAGUGGGUCACCUGCUACCUCACGAUCUUCAGAUCGACACGGAAACGUGGGUCACCGUCAUCGAACAGUUUCUCAUGUUAAUCCUCAUCAUAGGACGCUGGAUGCUACCUAAAGGGGACCUGACGAGAGACCAACUGUCCCAGCUACUGCUAGUGUACAUCGGCACCGCCGCCGACAUAAUCGAGUUCUUCGACUCUUUCAAGGACGAGAAAAUAGCGCAGGAGCCGAUCCUGGUGUUGUUGACGCUGGCCAUCUGGUCCUGGAGCCUAUUGCAGUUCACUGUAGUGCUGACGGCUACCAAGAGUCGCAAGGGGAGGGACGGGGCUGGCCAGCACUGCUGCGCUGGUUGCUGCUCCAUCGACGUGUGGGGCAUCGUCCUCAACAUCUUAUUGCAGGACGCCCCAUUUCUGGGGUUCCGCCUGCUACUCAUUGUACACUACCGCAUCAUCAGCUACAUGAACGUGUUCUUCACCUGCAAGAACACACUCGUCAUUGUUCUGCAGCUCUACAGGCUGUACGUGGUGCAUUCAGAAACCAGGAAGCAGAAAAGAGUGGAGAAAAAGAAAAAGGCGAGAGUUACUACCCGAAAAAGGGAUGAAACACAAGGCAUCUCCGUGAUAUCUCUGUCCGAGGUGUACCCCGUCCCAGAGCGCUACAAGCUUGGCAGGCGAGCGGAUCAAGAAGAAUUUUAUGAUGAUGAUGACGAUGAUAAUGACACGAGCAGGAGUGAAACUGUACCUGAACCGUCUGAGGAAGAGCUGGAACUCAAGGUUCAAGAAGUCCGAAAUGCGAAACGAAAGCAACGAGCCAGAGUUCCAGACAAGAAAAGCAGUGGGAGAAGGUGCCGACAGGACACAGGCUAUUCCACCGCAUCCAGUUCACAUGGCUCCAUGAAGGAGGACAUCAGAAAGCAGCGAACUCGGGCCACGAUGACCAGCAGGAUUGAUUUGCGACCAGCACACACAAACCGCCAUGAAAAUCGUGAGAGAUCACAUGACAGGCAUCAUCACACAUCACCACACACACAGCGAAAAUUCAGACGAGAAGGGAAGGGUGAAAACGCUUCCAGAGAAAAUGACAGGAUCAGAUAUAAAGAAGAGGAUGAGAUAGUCUGACAACGCAGGGCCGCCAUUAGUGUGGUGUUCUUCCUAUUUAUACUAAUUCUUGCACUGUGCAUGCUCCUGAUCCAUGGAGGGAUAUCACCAGAUGGUGUGGUGAUUGCAAGGAGUAAGCCCCCAUCACAUCCACCUUACAUCACUCAUCCUUAGUAAUUCAUUACAAGUUACUGCUACCUGAUUUAUCCCUCACAAACAGCAGACAGAUGUUCUUUCUAACAAAAUCAAAAUUUAUUACAGUGGUUUGUUAUCCCUCAAAAUAUGAUGAUAAAAUAUGUAUCAUUUAAGUUCCUUAACUUUGUCCUGUACAAUUUUUUUUUAUUUUUUAGCAAAUUUAACGAGAUAAAAAUGUUAUAUUAAGAAAAUAGGACACAGUUUUUUUUAUUUCUGUAACUAUGACUUAACUUGUCUGCGAAAUUCUGAACAUUAAUUCUCACAUUCAUGACUAUAAAGAGUCUAAUAAUUUUUCUGUUAAAUUGUUUUACUGAUAUACUACACAUCCAUAGCAAGUGACAUAUUCAAAGG